UGAACAUGAACAUAUAUAUUCCAAUGGAUUUAUUUGUUUAUCAAUAUUAUUUGAUGGUAUUUCUGAUGAUUUAUAAUUUUAGAGUGGUCAGCCGCCCUCACUGUAAGUUCUGUUUGCUUGUCUAUACAAUCAAUGUUAUCUAGUGCAACAAAAAAGGUCUAUUAUAAAUCCUAUAUCAGAUGAAACCUCCUAAUGAUGCAGAAUUUGUUAAAAGAGCAGCUGGAAGAGGGCCUAAGAGUUUUCUUUGGAGUUAUCAUGAUGAAAAAUGUUGAAGGAGCUCUUAAAAUAUAUAAAUUAAAUAUUGCAC